AUCUCAGCUGAACUGGGACAUUCAGAUUCAGGUGAACUGUGUUGCUCUAGUUUGUGGUCCUCAAGCCUUAAAACGCUCAGCUCAGCUCAGCUCAGCUCAGCUCAUUUUCUCCAUGGAAAAUUAGCCGGUGUGGAACCGUGUCCCCCGAGUGAACUGCUAGAGAGGUUAAGGACCAAGGAAGACGACUUAACCUACCAACAUCUCCUGCCUGAAUCUCCUGAGCCUUCUGCCUCUCACGCACUGUCAGAAGAGGAAAUGUCCGAUAAGUCCUCCCUGUCCCGAGACCAGAAGCCAGACAGCGAGACUGAGAAGUGCCCAGUGAUGGCGAGCUCUUUUUCUCAGGACUGUAUGGAACACCUACAGGAAAUUCGAACUCGGAGAAAGCGUUUGGAAGAAUAUAUUAAAACGAAUGAGAAGCUCCAGAAACAGCAGGAACGGCAGGGGUCUGAGGCUGACCAAGGUUCCAUAAAUGUUGCUGCUUACGGCUCAGAGCUGCACAGCUCUCUGAAGUCAGAGAUGCAUUCCCUGAGGAAGCAGAACCAGGCCCUCCGUAUGAUGAUCGACAAAUGUAUCGUAGAUAAACUGAAAGAGAAUGAAAAAUUACUUAAGUCCCUGUCCAGGAAGGCGGCAAGUCUUGAGCACCUUCGGCUAGAGUACAUCAGUGUAAAGGAAGAAAAUGAAAGGUUGCAGAGAGACAUCAGUGAGAAGGAGAGACAACCAGCAGCUGACCCAGGAGGUCUGCAGCCGCGCCGCCGCCGCCGCCAGGAGCUGAGCAGGGUACAGGAAGAAGUGAAGUUGAAGCAGCAGCUGCUCUCCCAGAAUGAAAAGGAGCAUAGGAAGCUACAGCGAGAGGCCCAAGUCGUGCGUCACUGCAUUGACCACUGCCCACUGCAAAAAGAAGCUUCUGACACCAGCUAUGGCCACCUGCACAAAAACUACAAAAAGAGCUGGAGAGAUGGCUCAGAGGUUAAGAGCACUGGCUGCUCUUCCAAAGGUCCUGAGUUCAAUUCCCAGCAACCACAUGGCAGCUGACAACCAUCUGUAAUGUGAUCUGGUGCCCUCUUUUGACCUGCAGACAUAACACCAGCAAGACACUGUAUGCAUA